AGUGGAACGGUGUCGACGAACAAAUGGAAUAUAAUUCUUUCGAAAUGCUGACGCAUUUUGGAAAUCAAGGCAGUUUAUACCUGGAAAUGCGCUCAGGAAUAUUGCAAUAUAUUGUUUUUUGAGUUGCCAAGUCACCCUUUUUCUUUGUCUAAAGAAUCUUGAUAUAUCAAUAUCCAGGAAUUCCCUAUUAGGGACUUAAGUUUUACAAUCGAAGCAUGGCUACGGAGGAGCAAAAGGACAAAAAUGUGCUGAAAAGUAUGCUGCACUCAACCUCAUCAUUAAUUAUUGUUCAAAUAACCUACCGAGUGUUCACAUUCAUCACAAAUGCAGUCAUUCUCCGGUAUAUUACAUCUGAUGUACUGGGCAUCAUCAAUGUCAGGUUGGCCUUACUCUACUCGACUGCCACUUUUGUCAGUGUGGAGGCUUUCCGUCGGGCGGCGCUGGGCGUGACAGAGAGGAGCAAGUGGCGCCAGGCCAUCAACUUGGUGUGGCUCAGCGUGCCCGUGUCAGCGGCGGUGUCGGCGGCGCUGGCCGGCCUCUGGCUGCACGCGCUCAGCCAGCCGGCGCCCGAGGUCACCUCAGAGUACCGUCUGGGCGUGUGGGUCACCGCGGCCAUGGUCGUACUGGAGACGGCCGCCCAGCCGCUGGUCAUCCUGGCGCAGGCCAUGCUCUUUGUCAAACUAAAGGUGGUAGCCGACAUGGUCAGCCUGUGCAGCCGGGUGGCGCUCAAAGCCUGGCUGAUCGCCCUGUACCCGUCCCACGCCAUCUGGGCCUACUGUGUGGGUCACGCGGUCAGCUCCGCUCUCCUGGUGGUCAUCUAUUACGGCACCCUGCUCUGGCACGUCCGAUCCCCGGAUAACUGCCUGCCGGUGAAGUCAGCGAGCGAGCUGGGACCCAGACUGGUGCCGGGACAGCCGGCGCUGGACCGUGACCAGCUGGCCCUCACCUGGAGCUUCUUCAAGCAAGGCCUGCUGAAACAGCUGCUGACGGAGGGCGAGCGCUACCUGAUGACCGCCUUCCACCUGCUCGACUUCUCCGAGCAGGGCCUGUACGACGUGGUGGCCAACCUGGGCAGCCUGGCGGCCCGCUUCCUCUUUCAGCCAGUCGAGGAAAACGCCUACGUCUACUUCUCGCGCACGGUGGAACGGGGAAAGCCGGUGUCUGCCGCGGCAGGCCGGGUUCUGCACGACCUGCUGCGCGCCAUGAGCCUGCUCGGCCUGAUAGCCGUGACGUUCGGCUGGAGCUACUCCCACCUGCUGCUGCGGCUGUAUGGCGGCGCCCUGCUGGCCGCCGGUCCGGCCGUCAGUCUGCUGCGCGCUCAGUGCGCCUACGUACUCCUACUGGCGGUGAACGGAGUGCUGGAGUGCUACACGUUCGCGGUGAUGCGCGAGGAAGAGAUCAAUGGGUACAACCGAAAGAUGGUGCUGCUAUCUGUGAUAUUCGUCGUCUCGACAGGGAUCUUUACUAGGCUAUUCGGCGGGGUUGGAUUUAUCCUCGCCAACUGCGUCAAUAUGCUGACCAGGAUAUACGUUUGUUACCGGUUCGUGGCCGGCCUGCCGCUGGAGCCGGCGGUCUCCGUGCCGCCGCUGCUCGGUCUCCGCCCGCCGCCCGCCGUGGCUGCCGCGCUGGUGACCGCCGGCCUGCUGGCAGCCGGCUCCGAGAGCUGGCUGUACCCCAGCUCCGCCGCCGCCCACGUGGCUGUGGGCGCGCUCUGUGGGGCCGCCGUGGUGGCCGCGGCAGUGUACAGCGAGCCCCGCCUCCUCCAGGCGGUCAGGGAGCGAGUCGGGGAUAAACUGAAGCGCAGCUAGCGGGCAGUGCUACUCACAUGGUCACGCAGGGAACAGGGGUUGUUUUGUUGUGAUAUUUAUGUGCAUUUUGGGUUGAAUAUACACCGUGCCUGUCA